AGGCAAGCUCCCCUGCUCUGCUGCCCUCCUCCUCCUCCUGCUCCGCAUUGCAGGCGGUGAUCGAGGUCGCUUGCCCUCUGCCUCUCUCUAUGGCUCAGGGCCUGACACUCGAUAAUGAUGUCCUAGCUCCGUCUGUCGCGGUGGCCAUUGACAAAGACAAGAACAGCCAGCAGGCGGUUCGUUGGGCCAUCGGCCAUAUGUUGCCUCCCAAUGCAACCCUCCUCCUCAUCCAUGUCGUUAGCAGGAACACUCAAAAUCAGAUUUCUGGAGGCGGGGAAGAGACCAACGGGGGACUAACAGAGGGCGAGCUACAACAGCUUUUCAGUCCUUUCCGAUUGUUCUGUUCUCAGAAAAGGGUUAUAGCAAAAGAGGUUGUCCUUGAAGAUGCUGACGUUUCUAAAGCCCUUUUAUCUUAUAUCUGCAACAACUUAGUAUCUAAAAUUGCUCUUGGUGCAUCAAAUAGGAGUGUCCUUGCAAGGAGAUUUAAAAACCAUGAUGUGCCAACUAUUCUAAACAAAUAUGCCCCCGAUUUUUGUUCUGUUUAUGUAAUUGCAAAGGGAAAGGCACAAUCUGUCCGACCAGCAGCAAGGCCUCUAGCAAAUUCUGCAACUCCACCAAGACAGCUAUCUCCGAAUGGAAAUCCACCUCAGUUGCCACAUGAGCCGUCUAAAGUAGAAGAUGGGCUGAGGGCACAAUCAGGAAGGAUAGGAUCUGAAAGAGUGAGGGCAAAAAACUCCCCGACCAACCUGUCAUUGGACAUUGACAAUUUCACUCGGGAGGCAGGGAAUAAUUUUCUUGCAGAUAAUGGUGAUUCUCCGACUGGAAAUGAUAUCACUUCUCAACAUUUAGAUCUUAGUAUUGCAAAGUCUCCACGGAGUACUAGCCCUGGAUCAUCUUCAAAAGAUAUUGAAGCUGAGAUGAAAAGACUGAAACUUGACCUAAAGCAAACCAUGAACAUGUAUAACACAGCUUGUAAGGAAGCAGUCUCAGCCAAAAUGAAGGCCAAGGAACUCCAUUUGUGGAAGAUGGAAGAAGCUCGUAAGUUUGAGCAAGCCCGACUUGCAGGAGAGGCAGCUCUUGCCAUUGUUGAGAUGGAAAAGGCUAAAUCCAGAGCUGCACUCGAAGCAGCUGAGAAGGCACAAAAAUUAGCUGAGAUGGAAGCACAAAGAAGAAUUCAUGCAGAGUUGAAAGCCAAGCAACAGGAGGAAGAGAAGAAUCGAGCAUUGAAUGUUUUAUCAAAUAAUGAUGUCCGUUACAGAAAAUACACCAUAGAAGAGAUAGAGACAGCUACUGAUCACUUCUCAGGGUCACUAAAAAUUGGAGAAGGUGGGUACGGGCCUGUUUACAGAGGGAAACUUGACCACACUGCAGUUGCCAUCAAGGUUCUUAGACCUGAUGCUAAACAAGGGAGGAAACAAUUCCAACAAGAGGUUGAGAUCCUUAGCUGCAUUAGGCAUCCUAACAUGGUGCUCCUCUUAGGUGCGUGUCCUGAGUAUGGAUGCUUGGUAUAUGAGUUCAUGAAUUAUGGCAGCUUGGAAGAUCGCCUAUUUCGCAAAGGAAACACUCCUCCAAUUCCAUGGAGAACUAGAUUCAAAAUAGCGGCUGAUAUUGCAACUGGACUCUUAUUCCUCCACCAGGCUAAGCCGGAACCUCUGGUUCACCGUGACCUUAAGCCAGCCAACAUCCUCCUAGACCGAAACUUUGUGUGUAAAAUAAGUGACGUUGGCCUUGCACGCCUACUCCCACCUUCUGUAGUUGACAGUGUGACACAAUAUCACAUGACCUCCGCAGCAGGGACAUUCUGUUAUAUUGAUCCAGAGUAUCAACAGACAGGCAAGCUAGGGACUAAAUCAGAUAUAUACUCAUUUGGGAUAAUGUUACUCCAAAUAAUCACUGGAAAGCCUCCAAUGGCUCUCACGCACCAUGUCGAGAGGGCCAUCAGUAAAGGGACAUUUGCAGAUCUGCUUGACCCAACAGUGCCAGAUUGGCCCGUUGAAGAAGCUCGUCAAUUAGCAAAUUUGGCACUAAAGUGUUGCGAGCUAAGGAAGAAAGACAGGCCAAAUCUUGAUUCAGUCGUAUUGCCGGAGCUCUGCCGACUGAGAGACAUUGGGGAAAGUACGUAAAUCAAGUGGUGUUGAUGGUAAUAGCCAUGACUCACUGACCGAUGGGGUUCACACAAAGGUCCAGGUUGGUGGUCUCCAUCAUAAAUAAUAUACCAGAAUAGAUGUGGUUCAAGUUAUUCAACUUCCAAUCAAGAGGGAUUGGAUAUCAAUCACAGAUUGUUUCAGUUAAAUGUAUUGUAUGGAGAGGUUGUUGGGAUUAUGAGAUGAGAACUGAAAUAGUCUUGUGUCUUUUGUAUCAGUC